AUGGGAGCAACACUGAUCUGGUUUGCCUCCCUCCUCGCUCUUAACCACACCGCAUCAGUGUUGUCCUCGCAGACGCCGCAGCUGCAGCGCCGGCUUGGACUGGCUCGCAUCGAGCUGCCGGAGCCGAAGCUAAAGGGACUGGCACAUCGGCUGCUCCAGGUGAAGCGAGGGUUCCUGUCGGCGCAAGUGACUGCUAGCGAUGGCCACCUGAUUGGACUCAGCUUCAAAGUGAAGCACGGCCACAAGCCCGGCUACCACCUGAACGUCGGCCAAGUGCACAGCAAGAAAGGCUGGGAUGGACCCGGCUAUAGGAAGAAGGGAUGGGAUGCCCUCGACUCAAGCAACCUGCCCUACAGCAGCUACUCGGCGGGGCCCUACAGCUCCUAUGGCAGCCAGAACUACCAGAGCAUGUUCCGCGGCGCCCACGGGCUGUCUCUUGGCCACGCGUCGUCGAUGUACUCGGAAGGGCUACAAUCCUACGACUACAAGGACGCGGCCUCCUUUGGCUACCCCUUUUCUGGCUAUCAGGUUCCAGGUUAUGCGACAACGCUGUCAAAGCUUCCAUUCACCAAGCUAGUAGACUCAGUGCCAACCGUGCUGCCCGGAGUUUCUGGUGUCUACGAGCAAGCUACCAUUGUGAGCGCGCCGGUGCAAACGCCCACUAUCGUGCAGAGCUUUCCUGUGGCAAAGACCAUCAGCGGACACGCCAAAGUGCCUGUUGCACACAUUGUACACAAGUCGCACUACGUGAUGCACACUGUAAAGCCGGUGUCUUCCAUAGGAGUGCUAAAGACACCGAUAUAUGCGGCCACCGGGGCUGGAGAGCUUUACCCGAUAGACAUCGACGGCAGCACCUACCAAGAAGAUGAUGCAGGCGGUGCAGAAGACGUGCAAAGCGGGGCCGGAUAUGGAAACGGGGACACUGCAGGUUCACAGAACGGAGAAUCUCAAGAGGGUCAGUCUAACGGCGACGGUGGUGGUGUUAACGGAAAUGGCGGUGCAACAGCAUCACGUAAUGGCGGUGCUUUUCAAAGGGGUCAUUUCAACCGCGGCGGCGGUGGGGGCGGGAAUUAUGGCCGAGCAAACGGUGCAGCAGGAGGCUCUAGCAAUAGCGGAUUUAACGGCGGUGGGGUAGGAAAAUACGGUCAUGGAAACGGCGCCGCAGGAGGCUUUAACAAUGACGAAUUCAACGGAGGGGGCGGUGGCAGCGGCGGCAGCAGCGGUGGUGGAAAUUAUGGCCAAGGAAACAGUGCAGCAGGAGGCUCUGACAGCGGCGGGUUUAUCGGCGGUGGCGGAGGAAACUACGGCUAUGGAAACGGCGCCAGUGGAGGUUUUAACAAUGGCGGAUUCAAUGGCGGGAGUGGCGGCAGCAGCAGCAGAGGUGGUGGAAAUUAUGGCCAAGGAAACAGUGCAGCAGGAGGCUCUGACAGCGGCGAAUUUAGCGGCGGUGGCGGAGGCAAAUACGGCUAUGGAAACGGCGCCAGUAGAGGUUUUAGCAAUGGCGGAUUGAACGGUGGGGGCGGCGGCAGCAGCAGGGGCGGGGGAAAUUAUGGCCAAGGAAACGGUGCAGCAGGAGGCUCUGACAGCGGCGAAUUUAGCGGCGGUGGCGGAGGCAAAUACGGCUUUGGAAACGGUGGAGGAGCAGGUUUUAUCAAUGGCGGAUUCAACGGCGGUGGCGGCGGCGGUAAUGGUGAAAAUUACGGCGAAGGAAACGGCGCUGUGGCUGGCUUUGGUGAUGGUGCAGUACAAAGGGGCCACUCUAGCAGUGGAGGCGGCGGCAAGUACGGCGGCGGAAGCAGAUUUAGACAAGGACUCGAAAACAGUGGAGAGGGAUCUCAAGAAGGCUACGGCAACAACGUUCCUAGUGGAGGCAGAGGCUACGAAAACGGAGGCGGCACGCAGGGUUUUCCUCCCGGGCUUGGACACCCUGGAGGCGGCAACGGUGAGGGUCAAGACCGCAACAGCUACAGCAGCGCAGGAGCAGGUCCUCAGCCAGGCUUCGCAAACGGUGGCUACCAAGGGGGCAAUGGCUUUUCUGGCGCAGCUGGUUCUGGAUACACCAAUAGUGGCUUUCAGGGUCCACAACAACAUGCUUUUCCUCAAGCAGUAACUGGAUUUAAAGACGUCCAGUUACUCACUCCAUUAGCCGGAGGCCUCAGUCAGAAGCAGGGAUAUCAAGCAGCACAGCCUGUAGAAUUGGUGUACGGGGGAGUGCGGGAAGGAGGGCUUCAAGCGCAGAUUCAACAAUAUCCAGACAUCCAAGGGCCAGAAGAAAGCAUAGUGCGAGGGCAGGUCAACAGGAACGCUCAGGGAGCGGGUAGUCCCCGAGGAAACGAAAAUCGCCAAGAAGGCUACAAAAACGGCUCUGGGUGGAAGCCUAUCAUUGACCCUAGAUACAACGCAAAGUUCAAUAGCGGUUCAAUUCGCAUAGGUGAAUUUGGCAGCCGUUUACAAGACGCACCGCAGGGCGAUAACGUGUUGAAAAAUGUGUACGGUGGUGUACGUGCAAAUGGUCAUUCAUCUUUUAACGGCGCUGCAGAUGGUUUGGUGAAUGGUGACCUCCAAGUAAAAGGCUCUCACCUUCAGUAUCCGAAAUAUCGGUACAGAAAUCAAGGAUUCUUUGGAAAAAGUAACUUUCAAGGAAAUGGGGGAGGAAGGAAAUUGUCAGAAGGUUCAGGGGAAAGUUAUUUUUCUACGCAUUUUAAUGGAAAUGGUGGCGGGGCAGGAAACAGCGAUUUCGGCAGCGACGGAAACAGCGAAUUUCCAGCGAACGGCCGCACCAAGCAGUAUAAUGGAGGAGAAGGCAAUGGAAGAUCAAAUCACUUUAGGAAUGGCGAGGGCGUCGGAAGACAACAGAAUGAUUUUGAACAGGGCGAAGGCAGCCUGAGCAAUGGUGAUUCGGGGCCAGAACUAGUCAAAACUGUGAGUGAAGGUGUUCUUGCGAAGGAGGUUAAGACGGAAAGCUCGAGUGAUCUAAAGAAAGUUGUGGUACCUGAAUCUGUCGAGAUAAUGACGUCGACAGAAGAAAGUUCUGAAGAACAGGACAAUGACAAUGCUCCACCGCCGGCCCCUGAACCUAUUCGAAGCACAGAUUCUGGCUUGCCUGCUAAAGAACUGUUCGUUUCCGACGCCGGCGUCGGUGCGUCGGCCGCUUUGGUUGAACCGUCGCCGACGAAACCUGAUAGCAUUUCGUCUGAAGAAGUUGGCGAGUCAAAAGAAAAAGAUCCGCUGCCAGACACCUCAGAAGGUUCUUUAGAUAAAUCUGCCCUCCACGAUACUCGUGGAGGCUUCGAGGUGUACUAUGGUCAGAGGAGGAGGCCCAUCAGCUACAAGCAGGACCGAAUAUCUUCGUCGUACUUGAUUCCUGUGAGAGUUCCGUCGUCGCUCAAGUCAAAAAGAUCUUCUGGCUUCCCAGAGAUGGAGGAGGUGCGUGUCAACGGCUGGCGCUUCCUCAUUCAGCUGGAUUCUCUUGAUGUGACGUUCCGCCGUGUCGAGGACCUUCUUCAUCCAGUCGUCUAUGUUCUCGAUGGUGGUCUCAACAUUUAG